GUCUACGUUGUCGCUGAGUUAAACCGGAUGUGUUCCGCUACCACUUUGAUCUCAGAGGCAGCUGCGUAAAGAGCAAUGGAGGGGCAUGAAAACCAAACUCAAAGGCCUGUGACUCUGGACAUUGUUGGAGAAACAGGGAUGGAACCAAAAGAAGCACCUGCCCCCGCCGAGGUCGGGUCUGAUCAACCCCCUGAGGCCCUAUUCCAAGAGGAGAACAUCGACCUUGAUGGAGAGGCUUUUGUCACCCCUGAUGAUGAAAGCACAUCUGAGAACAUGCUGGACAAACUGAACGACCAGAUGAUGGAGAGUGUCAUGAUAUCGGACUCGCCCAACAACAGCGAGGAUGACGCUGGCCAGAUGGAGUCGUUGCUGGAGCAGUUUGAGGAGGGAGAGGAGAUCGAAAUGAAGGGGCUGGAGCAGCAGCAGCAGCAAGAGGAGAAGAGAGAAAAUGCUGCUGUGGUGCCAGACAUAAGGGUGGAACCUGAGGAGGCAUCACCUAGCGUUCCAGAUCAGGAUGCCCCGCCCAAGAACAUAGAAGGGGAAUCAACGACGGGUAACAAAAUGCAGACUGAGUCUGUGCAGCGGCCGGAGGACGUGCCCAGCCCGAGUAGUGUAGGAACUCAGGAAUCGCCACAGGACAUUAGCAAGGACACACCCAAAGAGGAAACCAUACCUGUCUGCACUAUCUUCAGCCAGGGGAACCAACAGAAACCACAAGGUCAGGCGCUGGUGCCGGACGGCUUUGAGCCAGCACUGGUCAAGUCCCCAAGCUUUAGCAGUAGCGUGGAAACCUCCAACAAAGUGCCCCCCCUGGUCUGCCAGCCGAGCCCCAGCCUUAGCAAGUUCUUCACAGACAAUGGGCAUGUCAACCCCGCCUCUGACUUCUUUGACUCUUUCACGACAUCCUCAUCCUGUAUCUCCGUCAGCAACCCCAACGCCGAGUCGCUUCCGGGUGCUGGUGCACCUGAGCGCCAUCUUUCCUCCUCUGGGGCCUCCUCCACCCCUUCUGCGACUGGUCAGGAGCCCCGGACCCCCACUUUCUUUCUGGGUCUCUCUGCCCCAGAGUCUCCAGGUCAGCCUACCCCAGCAGAAGCCACACCCCCAUUUGCCCAGCUGCAGGCAGUUUUCUCAGGCAGCGACGACCCAUUUGCCACAGCGCUAAACACAAGUGAGGUGGAUCGGAGGUAUGAUGCUUGGCUGCCUUCAGAGGAUACCAGGAAGGUCUUGAUCUCUGUGGCCACGCAGCAGCACAGCCCUGUAUUUGUGGAUCGAGACAGUCUUACCAUGCCAGGGCUCAAGUUUGAUAAUCUACAGGGUGAUGCCGUGAAGGACCUGAUGUUGCGAUUCCUCGGUGAGCAGGCAGCUAUGAAGAGGCAAGUUCUCACUGCCAGUUCAGUGGAGCAGUCCUUUGUUGGGCUCAAGCAGCUAAUUAGCACCAAGAACUGGAGAGCAGCGGUGGACCUCACGGGCCGGCUACUGACAGCUCACGGUCAAGGGUAUGGCAAGAGUGGUCAGCCCACCAGCCACAGCACUGACUCCCUACAGCUCUGGUUUGUACGCCUGGCUCUUCUCACAAAGUUAAGCUUGUUCCAGAACGCAGAGCUGGAGUUCGAACCCUUCGGCAACCUGGACCAACCAGACCUGUACUAUGAGUACUACCCUUCUGCGUACCCCGGCCGCCGAGGGUCCAUGGUCCCAUUCUCCAUGCGUGUCCUGCAUGCCGACCUCCCCCAGUACCUGGGCAAACCUCAGGAAUCCUUGGACCGGUUGCACAGCAUGAAGACGGUGUGCCGACGGAUUCUGGACAACUUGGAGCAGGGCAUGGCUGAAGACGGCAGCAUGAUCACCAUAACACAGGAGAACCGCCAAGCCUCUAUUCAGCUGUGGAGGUCACGUCUGUGCAGGGUGAUGUACUCCAUGGCAAACUGUCUGCUAAUGAUGAAGGACUAUGUGUUGGCCGUGGAGACGUACCAAUCCAUCAUCCAGUACGAGCCGGAGCAGAAAGCCCAGCUCUUGAGCGGAAUCGGGAGGAUAUUCCUGCAGAUCGGAGACAUCAAAACAGCUGAGAAAUACUUCCAGGAGGUGGAGAAGGUGUGUCAGGCCAAGGGGAACGGUUCGACUCUGAGCACCUGCAUCCUAAUGAACAGGGCGUUUGUGUACCUCAGUCAGAAUAACUAUGCAGAAGCACACGCCACCUUCUCAGAUGUCCUGAAACUCGACCCCAAAAAUCCCGUGGCAAACAACAACGCGGCCGUGUGCCUGCUGUACCUGGGCCGGCUGAAGGAGUCCCUGGGCCAGCUGGAGUGUCUUGUGCAGCAGGACCCCACGUUCUACCUGCACGAGAGCGUGCUCUUCAACCUCACCACCAUGUAUGAGCUGGAGUCCUCCCGCAGCACACAGAAAAAGCAGGCCCUGCUCGAGUCAGUGGCCUGCCGCGAGGGCGACAGCUUCAACACGCAGUGUCUCAAACUGGUCUCCAGCUAGCACCCCCUACAGGCAGCCAUGCAACUGUAGUAUUCCUCGGUGGCAUACAUAGCCACGGAGUGAUAGAAACCGGCUCUCCGUACCACCUCUGUAACCCCAAAGUGCUGUUUUUCUGUCUUUACUAGAGUCUAAGGUGUCACAUUCAACAGUUAGGGAGGAGCUUAUUGCAGCAUUCAGCUGUUUUUACCUGUGGAAUUUGUAUACUUAAAACCUAGGCAACUUUUUAAAAACACAAUGUAUGGGAUGCAAUGUAACUGUGGUCUUUGUGGAAACAAUGUAAAAUAAACCUGUAUAUAUAUUCCUUAGAAACUUGACAUGUAAAAUAGCUUUAAAGUUUUAACUGUUUAUAUGUUGUCUAUACUUAUACUAAAGAAGUGAUGCUCUGGAUGCUACAAAAGGAAUUUUACUGAUUUAAGUGCAUUGAUUUUCAAACUAAUUUUGCUUUAGCUGGUUAUAAAACUGACAAAGUUUGAAUGUAUGGACAGUGAAGUAGGAUGUCGUAUGUAUAUGAAGUGAACAUGGAAAAUGUUUGCAGCAGCAGACUAACAUUACCUUUUGAUAAGCAAUGGAUUUCUAUGACAAUGGCUGUACCAGGGAAUGUGUGAACUGCAUAUUCUGCCUGUUGUUUAAACAUUUUUCUCUGCACACACCAGCUAAUUUAAUGUUAGUAAACUGUUUGAACAUACAGAUCACCCCAGCCUAAGGUAGCUUGGUGGUCACACAUCUGUAUGAACAAGCAGAAUAAUUCUCAAGACUGACUUGUAACCUGAAUAUUGUCAGUUCAAGUGUCACUUUCCUACGGCUCUGCCCUUGGCUAAUGUAAUUUAACAUGAAUUCAUACAGUAAGAAUACCCUGCAAGUGGCACACGAGGUAGCACUGCUGCCAAACUGACCUGCUUUGCUGUAGGUUUGAAUCCAACUCAGUAUGCCGGUUGCAUGUUCUCCUUAUGUGGUUUUCCCCCAACAGUCUAAAGACAUGUUUCAGGUGCCAGUGACAUCUUGCUCUUAAGGUGGGUCUUAUAGUCUCGCUUUAGACAAAUUAGUGUGCCUCUCUUCCAAGUGGUCAGCUUUGUGUAGAACUUUUACACUAUGAAGGAUACAAACAGAAACACACCUGGGCUAUUUAGCCCAGCUUUAAGUGCACAUCAGUAUAGACUUGUUUGCAUGACAAAAAAGCACUGUAUCCCUCCAUCUGUAUUAUCAAUAAAACACUGUUGGGUUGUAAAAGGAAACA